AUGUCCUUGACGGCAAGUGUCACAGAUUACCCUUUCGAGCAUGGAAGACGAUAUCACAAGUAUCAUGAAGGCUUAUAUCCGUAUCCAAACGAUGAGCAGGAGUUGGAUCGUCUGGACAUGCAGCAUCAGAUCUGGAAGAAGCUCAACGAUGAUAAACUAUACUUUGCGCCUCUGACGAAUCCCAAAAGGAUCCUCGAUAUCGGCACCGGCUCGGGCAUAUGGCCCAUAGAAAUGGCUGCUAUAUUUCCAGAUGCGACGAUUACUGGGACAGACUUGUCCCCCGUCCAACCGACCCAAGUGCCUCCCAACGUGCAUUUUCUGGUUGACGAUGCCACAGAAGCGGAGUGGAUGUGGGAGGACGAUUACUUCGACUACAUCCGGCUGAACAACAUGAGCGGAUCCUUUCCCUCGGUUAAAGACGUCAUGCGGAAAGCCCUGAAAUGCCUGAAACCCGGCGGCUACUUGGAAUGGCACGAGAUCGAUCUCAAGUGCCGAUGCGAUGACGGGUCGAUGCCGCCGGAGAACCCCGAUGGGUUCAGCGAAUACGCGUUCCACGACUGGAUGGAACUGCAGGAGCGAGCCGCCAGGACCGGGGAACAUCGUCGCCAGUUCCGGAUAGCACACCGACUGGCCGACUGGCUCCGCGAGGUCGGCUACGUGGACGUGGAGGAUCGGGUGGUCAAGGUCCCCCUGAACCCGUGGCCCAAGGAUCCGCGAUUAAAAACGAUCGGGUCCUGGUACGAGACCAACUGGCUGGACGCGCUCUCGGGAUACUCGUACAAACCGUUCCUCAGCCUGGGCUGGUCCAAGCCGGAGAUCGAAGUCUUCCUGGUAUCGGUGCGCAAGUGCAUCUCCAACCGGCACUACCAUGUCUACCACAACUUCCACCGGGUCACGGCCAGGAAGUCUUAUCCUGGUGAGCGGGCCUCAUGA